AUGGUUCUCGGUCGAACAGUCAAAAGAAGUUUCGAUGCGACGACAUUGUCGUUUCCAACUGAGAACCCCAAGAACACGCCAUCUUAUGUGUACAACGCUCGUAAAGGUGGCCCCGGCAGCCAUACUCAGGAUACAAAGACAUCUCUUUCCACCACAAACGAGCAGCCGAAUGGUGAACCAGCGAAGGGGCAUGAAGGCCCAAUUUCUUUCUAUACUCCCUCCUCGAACAACGAUGGAGUUUUUAGUUUUGUCAACCCCGGGGGUUCAGUUUCUAGCGCAUUUAGCGUUAGCGAGGCCGCAAAUUCCCAGCCAGCUGACAAAAGUGGUUGUUCAAGCUCAUACUGGGCAACGCACAUUGAGCAGUGGCCGAAGGUCGUCAACGUCUAUACGCUUGUUACAGCAGCCUUAGGAGGACAGAAUGUCGGAAGCGUCUACGGAACCACUACCUUGUUCCAGGCGUUAUUGGACACCCGAAACGACCCUUAUAGCAAGCUUCUACGCCACAGCGUUGCUGCUCUGCUGAAUGCGAUCACCAAACCCAGCUACAAAACUCGCCCCAAUGUUGUGAUUGACAAGUUCAACAAGGCGUUGAUUUCAAGUGCCACGGCCGCUGCCCCAGCUCAGACGUUUGAAAAUGAAAAUCAUUCUUACGGGUUUAACGAGUGUUCGAACUAGUGCUACGAGCACUUAUGAUAUCGGGCAAUGAGCCAAUUCUCAAAGUAUAGUGGCUCUGGCUGUAGUUACAUGGUAACAUCCCCUUCUGUUUCGAUUAGCUUUUGAAAUCGAUCCAGCUGCAGGGUUUGUAGGUCGGAUAGAAAGCUUCAUCAGUGAACUGUGAAGUAUUCGAACUGAAGUCUCGAACAGUUCCAUUCACAAAUCGAGGACUCAUCCACAAAAAGCUCUUGCUGAAAUAUCUGAGACAUUUGUGUUCGUUCUGUAGCAUGAGCGUUAGUAUGUGUUAGCGAACCAAGGUCGUGGGUUUCGCGUGGUGAAAAUUGUAUUCACGCUUACGCGAUCAAUACGAAGUACACAAUCUGACUGCAA